AGAAGAUACUCUGUGCUUCAGAAACAGAGCUUACAGCCUGCAACGUAUGGGACAGUGUGCCACAGAAUGAUUUAUAAAUAGUCCGCAAAGUAUUGUGUAACGCACCGCGACGCGCCGCAGUGUAGGUGUUCAGCGCCGGUGCCUCCGCGCGCACAGGUGACCACCGCGCUGCACCGCACACUUGUCGCGAUAGUCUUAUAAUCACAAUUACUGCUAAUAUCUGCCGUUUGUGACAUACCUACUUGAAUAUUUUGAACUAGUGCAGGCGCCAUGGAUUCGGAACAAGGACUGCCGGUGGAGCUGUACAUCUAUGACCUCACACAUGGGCUUGCAUCUUUGUUGUCACCAGCUAUCCUAGGCCGCCAGAUCGAGGGCGUGUGGCACACGUCGGUGGUGGCGUACGGCCGCGAGUUCUUCUACGGCAGCCACGGCAUCAGCACCUGCGCGCCGGGCAGCUUGCAGCUGGGCGCGCCGCAGCAGGUGGAGCGCCUGGGGCAGACCUUCGUGCCGUUCCCGGUGUUCGCGGAGUACCUGCAGGGGCUCGCCACCACCACCUACACCGGGAGCGAGUACAGGCUUCUGGAGCAUAACUGCAACCAUUUCAGUGAGGAAGUGGCUCAGUUCCUGUGCGGCGCACACGUGCCGAAACACAUCGUGAGGCAGCCGGAGACCGUGCUGAGCGGCCCGCAGCGGCUCGCGCUGCAGGCGCUGCUGGACAACCUGCUGCCGGGGCCGCCGGGGCAGGCGGUGUUCGCCAACGGCGUGCGCCGCAGCCGCCAGGACAGCCCCGACUUCCUCACGCUCAACUCGCAGAUCGAGGAGGCCAGGGUGCAGUCCGCGGAGCUGGAGCAGCGCCGCAGCUCGCUGGCGGAGAAGCUGGCGCGCAAGGAGCGCAAGAAGGAGAAGAAGAGGAAGAAACUGAUGCGGGACGGCCACGGGGACGGUGCCGGUGAGAUGGCGGAGGCGGUGGAGGCCAGCCUCGGCGAGGAGCUGGUGUCGCGCGCGGGGCCCAGCGCGGGCGCCGCGGGGCUCGGCGCCGAGCUGGAGGACGAGCGCCACCAGGAGGAGCAGCGUCGCCGCAGCCGCGACCCGCCCAUCGUCUACAAGGACAUCGACGGCGCUGCUGAGUUCGAGAAGUUUCAGAAGUCGCUGGAGGGCGUUGAACUCUCCGCGGAGGACAAGCAGAGUGUUGACGAGCUGCAGCAGUACCUAGUGCAGGGCGAGGGCAGCUGGGUGCUCGGCGACGACUUCCUCAGCUUCAUCGGUCGCGUUCUGAGCAGCUUCUCGGCGGAGGCGCGCGAGGCGGCGCUGCGCUGCCUGGCGGCGGCCGCGCUGCGCGAGGACGUGUCGCUGCUGCUGCACCAGGACCGGCGGCACCACGCGCUGCUCAACUACGCGCAGCAGAUCGACGCGCUGCCCGCGCCGCAGCAACGCGCGCUGGCGCUGCUGAUGUGCAACCUGUUCGAGCACAUCUCGUCGUCGGAGUGGCUGCUGUACAUCAGCGAGUGGGAGCACCUCGGGCAGCCGCUCUCCAACAUCCGAGCCACCACUAAGGUGUGCGUGCACGCGACUCUGAGCGAGGACGAGGAGCUGCGCGAGCUGGGCACGGCGCUCAUGCACAACGUCACCACCAAGGAGCGCUUCAGCGUGGGCAAAGCGCUGCGGGACCUGCUGCCGCGGAAAGCCAAGUCCAAGGUGUUCGACGAGGUGUGCGCGGAGCUGGCGCUGGCUCUGCUGCAGCUGCUGCAGGGCUCCCCCAGCGAGCCGCACCUGCACCGCGCGCUGGCGGCGCUGGCGCGGCUCGCGGCGCACUCGGCGGACGUGCCGCAGCUCAUACAGCUGGUGGGGCCCGCGCCCGACGCCUUCCGGGGGGUGAGCCAACGCGUGGACGAGCAGAUAGACUUGAUUAUGAAGAGGCUGAAGUAGAGGGGGAAGGGCGUGACGUCACCGCGUCACUAUUCGGCUACAGACGUCUAAUAUCUGAUCUACUAUUGACAUUUUAACUUACUUUGACAUGGAAUCAAAUGUCUCCCAGGAAUCGAACAGAAUGGAUUUUUGCAAUACUAGAGUCUCCUAAGUUAAAGACGUCACGCUGGCCGGACAGCGCUCGAUGUAAAUACGUUGUUAUUUAACGAUUGAUCAAAUUUAGAGUAAGUACCUGAGCUUGUAUUAUACUAGCUGUUUUGUAUUAUAUUCUUUUUAUUAUUGUACAAGGCCAUUGGGAAACGUCGUUUCUAAUGUUAUUAAUAUUUAUCAAAAUAUAUUUUUCAGUAAAAAAACUAGAUAGUCUUUUUGUUUUUGUUAUAUGGUUACGCCGUAAUUUGGUGAUGUGCAAAAAGAAAUCGGUUUCGGUAGCGGUGCUGCCAUCUACAGAGUUGUACAAUCGUUUAAUGCAUGAAGAAAAAGGAAGCUUCCCAUGGCCUAAGUUUAGGUAUAGUCUAUGCCUGUUAGCACUAACUCGGGACCGGUGGUGCAUUUACACGAUUAUAUGCAGUUAAUGUAUUUAUAGUGUUGUAUAACAAUAAAAUUGUGAUAAAGGU